AUGACAAGUUCACUGUUACUCCGAUCCUUGCUUCCCUUUGCGGCUAGCAUUGGUCUCGUCUGUGCAAAUCCUUCGAAAAUUGUUGACUCGCGAUUCCUAAAGGUCCCAAGCUCCCCACCUGCGGGACGACAGAUUGUCGACGCAAACUACCAGUCUUACUCCAUCGAAUUUAGCUAUAUGCAUGACUAUGCUGGGAAUGACACACAUCCAAACGAGUUCUCCCUUCGCAUGCUCAAGAACCUUGAGAAAAUCUCGGGGGCUUACCCAAUCAUGCGGAUAGGAGGCUCGACCUCGAAUCGAGCCAUAUAUGAUGCAAACCAAAAGGAAGCAGUGAUUCCCACAUUUGAUCGUCCUACGGAUGACCAGCCCUCUCGGCUGACUAUUGGUCCUUCAUGGAUGGAAUCCUUCCACCAAUGGGGCAAAGACAUCAAGUACAUCUACGGUCUCAGCUUCUAUGAUCAGAAUUCCUCUUUUAUCGACGGCCGUGACGGCAUCGACGAGACUGCGAUUCAGGCAAAGGUUGCCUAUGAUUCGCUAGGUGACCAGCUAUACGCCUUUGAGAUUGGAAAUGAGAUGAACUUGUGGCAAUGCACUAUUGAUCGUCCCUGCGACUGGACGAUAGACUCGUAUGUCUCUCAGUGGAAUGAUUAUGCCAACGCUGUUCAGGCAGCUAUUGGGAAUUACGAGAAUAUCUUCCAGGGAUGUGUCUUUACGUCACUCGCGGGAAUCUCGUACAAUACUACCCCCAGCUGGAGCGUUGAAGAUGCUGUGAAUGCUGGAAUGAACAGCACCAAGUCCAAAACAAUAGCUGACCACCAGUAUCUGGGAAUGAGCCAAAUGGGCUGCCCCGGCCGUGGGCCAGUACCAACCAUCGAGGGUAACGUGCUUAACCGCACCCAGAUCCAUCGCCUACUGUAUGAGCACGAGCGUAUCGGCAAUGUUACUAAAGACACUGGAAUGAAAUAUGUCCUGGGCGAGACAAACGCAAUUGGGUGCCAGGGCGCCCCUGGUAUCUCAGAUGUGUUCGCUGAGGCCCUGUGGUCGGUGGACUAUAUUCUAUACCUUGCUACCCUCAACAUCGAGCGUGUCCAUUUCCAUAUGGGGACUCAGUACCGAUACAGCCCAUGGCAGCCAAUUGACUACCUCAACACCACAGCACAGGUCAAGCCGCUGUAUUAUGGGAACAUGAUGACCUCGAAGAUCUUUGCAGGGGGCAACAAGCAGGUUGAUCUCUUGCUCAAUGAGACUACUCUUGCUGCCUACACCAUCUAUGACGCGGGUGAGGGGCGUAAGAGAAACUGUGCGCGGCCUGAGUCCGUGGUAGUGGCCAACAUGGCCAUGUGGAACUCAACGCAGCUGGCACACCACCGACCCUAUACCAAAGUGCAGCUUCCCAAAGAGUUCAAGCACGGCAAGGUAAGGAGGUUGACCAGCCCUGGUGUCGAGACUUCCAAGCACAUCACUUUUGCCGGACAAUGGGUGGAUAACAAGGGCUAUAUCCGUGGACGUGAGGAGACUGAGAAGCUGCACGGUGGUUCUGUCCUUGUUGGUGCGGGUGAGGCUGUCCUUGUGUCGAUGUAA